AUGAGCCCAAGCGCAAUUUCUUCUGCCGGCCACGCAUCCUCCAACGUCCUCAUCGAUAAGUUCGAUGGGGACAACUAUUUGACCUGGAGUCGAUACACGCGUGGCGUGUUUUUGACAAAGUCAGUGUGGCAUGCUGUCAACCGGGAGAGCUCCCCGACGUUCGUGGACCCUCGAGCGCAGGACGACUACGUCAAGGCCAACAACAUACCGUUUGGAAUGAUGGUGCUGCAUAUGGGUGUGGACUACCACCAUGUGGUCGACAACUGCGAGGAAGCGUGGGUUGCAUGA